UGAACAAAAGACUGCAAAAGAUCCUAAAGCAAAGACACUUUUAUUUCCCACAGAACAGAACAAUAUCAAAUAGCUAACUUCACCCCCAACCACAGUCCUUGCUGUUGGCAUUUACUCAACUAGUCUUUAAUUCCUGUUUGACAAACUUUAUAAGGUGCUACAAGACAGAUGAUUUUUCACCAUCUACCAUAAUGUGGAACAGAUAUUUUGUCUUCUGUCUCCUGCUUUUGUCAGCGUUUACGAGUCAAACAGUAUUCGGACAAAGAAAGAAAGGACCAAAAUCAAAUUUGCUUGCAAGGAGAAGUGAUGUCCAGGGCUCCAUUUGUUUCAUAGAUAUUGUCUUCAUCGUGGACAGCUCUGAAAGUUCUAAAAUUGUCCUCUUUGAUAAACAGAAAGAUUUUGUGGAUAGCUUGAGUGACAAGAUUUUCCAAUUGACUCCUGGUCGCUCCUUGGAAUAUGACAUCAAACUGGCAGCCCUUCAGUUUAGCAGCUCUGUCCAAAUUGAUCCACCUUUUUCUUCCUGGAAGGACCUGCAGACAUUUAAGCAGAAGGUCAAGUCUAUGAAUUUAAUAGGGCAAGGUACCUUCUCUUAUUAUGCCAUCUCCAAUGCCACUAGGCUACUUAAGAGAGAAGGGCGUAAGGAUGGUGUGAAAGUGGCUUUGCUGAUGACUGAUGGCAUCGACCAUCCAAAGAAUCCAGAUGUUCAAAGUAUUUCUGAAGAUGCCAGAAUUUCAGGAAUAUCAUUUAUCACCAUUGGACUUUCUACGGUAGUCAAUGAAGCCAAACUUCGUUUGAUUUCUGGGGAUUCAUCCAGUGAACCCACUUUACUGUUGAGUGAUCCAACCCUUGUAGAUAAAAUUCAAGAUCGUCUGGAUAUCUUAUUUGAAAAGAAGUGUGAACGCAAGAUUUGUGAAUGUGAGAAGGGAGAUCCAGGUGAUCCAGGGCCUCCUGGUACACAUGGAAAUCCAGGUAUCAAAGGUGAGCGAGGACCAAAAGGAAACCCGGGCAACGCUCAAAAAGGAGAAGCUGGAGAAAGAGGUCCAGGGGGAAUUCCUGGGUACAAGGGUGACAAGGGUGAACGUGGGGAAUGUGGUAAACCAGGAAUAAAAGGUGACAAAGGAUCCCCAGGGCCAUAUGGACCAAAGGGACCCAGAGGAAUUCAGGGAAUUAGUGGACCUCCAGGAGACCCCGGCCCAAAGGGGUUUCAAGGCAAUAAGGGUGAGUCAGGUCCUCCUGGUCCUUAUGGUUCUCCAGGAGCUCCUGGAAUUGGACAGCAAGGUAUUAAGGGAGAAAGAGGCCAAGAAGGAAGACCGGGAGCUCCAGGACCCAUUGGAGUUGGUGAGCCUGGACAGCCAGGUCCCCGUGGUCCUGAGGGAGUACCAGGAGAGAGGGGCUUACCCGGAGAAGGAUUUCCAGGACCAAAGGGUGAAAAAGGUUCUGAAGGACCAACUGGCCCACAGGGAUUACAAGGCCUGUCAAUCAAAGGGGACAAGGGGGAUAUGGGACCUGUGGGACCCCAAGGACCAAUGGGUAUCCCUGGAAUCGGGAGUCAAGGGGAGCAGGGAAUCCAAGGUCCUAUUGGUCCACCUGGUCCACAAGGGCCCCCAGGACAGGGCUUACCUGGUUCCAAGGGAGAAGUAGGCCAAAUGGGACCUACAGGCCCUCGAGGACCGGUGGGAAUUGGAGUACAAGGUCCAAAGGGAGAGCCAGGCUCAAUAGGUCUCCCAGGACAACCAGGAGUACCAGGAGAAGAUGGAGCUGCAGGGAAGAAGGGGGAAGCGGGGCUUCCGGGAGCAAGAGGCCCAGAAGGACCACCUGGAAAAGGACAGCCUGGCCCCAAGGGUGACGAAGGCAAGAAAGGGAGCAAAGGAAAUCAAGGACAGAGGGGACUUCCAGGGCCCGAAGGACCAAAGGGUGAACCGGGCAUUAUGGGCCCCUUUGGAAUGCCUGGAACAUCAAUUCCUGGACCACCUGGGCCAAAGGGAGAUAGAGGAGGACCUGGGAUACCUGGAUUUAAAGGAGAACCUGGACUUUCUAUUCGAGGACCAAAGGGUGUCCAAGGCUCUCGGGGACCAGUGGGUGCUCCAGGACUCAAAGGUGAUGGCUAUCCUGGUGUGCCUGGACCUCGUGGAUUACCAGGACCCCCUGGGCCGAUGGGUUUACGUGGAGUGGGAGACACUGGAGCAAAGGGAGAGCCUGGGGUCAGAGGCCCUCCAGGUCCUUCUGGGCCUCGGGGCGUAGGAACCCAAGGGCCAAAGGGUGAUACUGGGCAGAAAGGCUUGCCUGGCCCUCCUGGCCCACCUGGCUAUGGAUCACAGGGAAUUAAAGGGGAACAAGGACCACAAGGCUUCCCAGGCCCAAAGGGCACAAUGGGCCAUGGCCUCCCAGGCCAGAAGGGAGAGCACGGAGAACGGGGCGAUGUGGGAAAGAAAGGUGAUAAAGGAGAAAUUGGAGAGCCUGGAUCUCCAGGAAAACAGGGUUUACAAGGACCCAAAGGAGACCUAGGACUCACAAGAGAAGAAAUUAUCAAACUUAUUACAGAAAUAUGUGGUUGUGGGCCCAAAUGCAAAGAGACUCCACUAGAGCUGGUGUUUGUGAUCGACAGCUCAGAAAGCGUGGGGCCAGAGAACUUUCAGAUCAUUAAAAAUUUUGUGAAGACUAUGGCUGACCGGGUUGCUCUGGACCUUGCCACGGCCCGCAUAGGCAUAAUCAACUAUAGCCAUAAGGUGGAGAAGGUGGCUAAUUUGAAGCAGUUCUCCAGCAAGGAUGACUUCAAGUUGGCUGUGGACAACAUGCAGUAUCUGGGGGAAGGCACAUACACAGCCACUGCUCUGCAAGCAGCCAACGACAUGUUUGAAGAUGCAAGGCCAGGUGUAAAAAAAGUGGCCUUGGUCAUCACUGAUGGACAGACAGAUUCUCGUGAUAAAGAGAAACUGACAGAGGUGGUGAAGAAUGCCAGUGACACCAAUGUGGAGAUAUUUGUGAUAGGGGUGGUGAAGAAAAAUGAUCCCAACUUUGAAAUAUUCCACAAAGAAAUGAAUCUAAUUGCUACUGACCCAGAGCAUGUUUACCAGUUUGAUGAUUUCUUUACCCUGCAAGACACCCUGAAGCAAAAAUUGUUUCAAAAAAUUUGUGAGGAUUUUGAUUCCUAUCUCGUUCAAAUUUUUGGUUCAUCCUCACCUCAACCUGGAUUUGGGAUGUCAGGGGAAGAACUCAGUCAAUCUACUCCAGAGCGUCAAAAAGAAAUUUCUGAGUCAUUGAGUGUCACCAGAGACCAGGAUGAAGAUGAUAAGGCUCCAGAGCCAACCUGGGCUGAUGAUCUGCCUGCCACUACCUCAUCUGAGGCCACCACCACCCCCAGGCCACUGCUCAGCACCCCUGUGGAUGGGGCAGAGGAUCCUAGAUGUUUGGAAGCCUUGAAGCCUGGAAACUGUGGUGAAUAUGUGGUUCGAUGGUAUUAUGACAAACAGGUCAACUCUUGUGCCCGAUUUUGGUUCAGUGGCUGUAAUGGCUCAGGAAAUAGAUUCAACAGUGAAAAGGAAUGUCAAGAAACCUGCAUUCAAGGAUGAGCAAGUAAAUUGGCCUGUCUCUAUCAAAAGCAUAGAACUCCCUAAUUUCCACAUAUUCACCCAAUACAAAUACAGCGCUAUAUUUGAGUGUAUACUGAGUAUUUACAACUUAUACAUGUAAUUGAAUUCUCACUACAGCCCUAGGAUGUACAUAUUAUUAACCACUUAUAUAGGUAAGAAAGCUGAGGCUCUGAGAAGUUUAGUAAGUUGUCAACUGUCACCCAACUAAAAAGUUUCAGAGCUGAGGAUUUAGACUUAGAGCUGUGUAACUUCAAUACACAGACUCUACCUACUUCACAACCUGCAAUGUGAUUCUGAUUCCUUUAAUUCCUGUUGUAUGUACUAUGUCAGCUCAAACCCCUACCCUUGUCCCUGUCCAUACCUCCACCCACUCACCUCCCUAACCUCCUUAUGUCCCUGACAGUAGCAAGACGUAGGUGAUAGGAAGGACUUUGGUGUGGGAAUUAGAAAUGAUGUAAAUGUUUACGGAGGAGUGCUGGGAUAGGAGUCAGGAUGGUGAGGGUAGUUAGAUUUUUGCCUCACUUGCCCUGAAAGUGGUAAUAGGGAGAAACCAAUCUGAAUUACAAUUACUUAAAUGUAUCACAAACUGUCACUUUGUAUUCCUCCAACAUGUUUGGUAACAAGUGUUUAAUGUAUGUUAAAACAAAGAAGCUUUUUAUACCCUUCCAUUAAAAUAUGUCAGUGGGCCCUUCCAUUUUAUGGAGUGGAAUGAGAAGGCCCUUGACAGCCAGGAACCACUUGAAGUUGGCAUCCACUCUUGAACAGUGUGUAUUAAAGACAGGAUUCACACUGAAAAGUGAGCCACCAAAUUGAAAUGCGAGUAAUGGAGAGUAACGGAGAAUUGACUCUGUCAUUUUAUAAUACUUUUGCAAGAUCCUGUCUGGGAAGAGCAUUAGUUCUGAGCUGAGUUCAGACAGCACUUGCAUAUUUCUUUCUUUUUUUUUUUUUUUUUUUCCAGACAGAAUCUUGCUGUGUCACCCAGGCUGGAGUGCAGUGGGAAAAUCUCAGCUCACUGCAACCUCCCGCUCCUGGGUUCAAGCGAUUCUCCUGCCUCAACCUCCUGGGUAGCUGGGAUUACAAGCAUGCGCCACCAUGCCCAGCUAAUUUUUGUAUUCUUAGCAGAGACGAAGUUUCACCAUGUUGGUCAGGCUGGUCACGAACUCUUGACCUCGUGAUCCACCUGCCUUGGCCUCCCAAAGUGCUGAGAUUACAGGCUUGAGCCACCCCGCCCGGCCACAUAUUUCAUCUUACAAAACUCUUUCUCAGCUGGGCCCUGUGGCUCACGCCUGUAAUCCCAGCACUUUGGAAGGCCAAGGUGGGCGGAUCACCUGAGGUCAGGAGUUUGAGAACAGCCUGGCCAACAUGGUAAAACCCCGUCUCUACUAAGAAUACAAAAAUUAGCCAGGCCUGGUGGUGUGCACCUGUAAUCCCAGUUACCCAGGAGACUGAGGCAGGAGAAUCGCUUGACCCUGGGAGGCAGAGGUUGCAGAGAGCCAAGAUUGCCCCAUUGCACUCCAGCCUGGGUGACACAGCAAGACUCUGUCUCAAAACAAAAACAAAAACAAAAAACAAAAUACUUUCUCCUUCUAUCAGGUCUACCCUCAUUCAAUUCAACAGUGCAAAAAAGAGCACUCAAGGAAGAAGGAGAUGGAAGAAUAGCCAUCUUGGUAGAAAUAAUGAUAUGUACAAUUUUUUAUUUAAUUAAAAUUAUAUUAUGUAAUAUUUGAUACUACAAAAGAAGAUAAUGCAACAUGUUUGUCAAUUUUUUUUUAUUAUACUUUAAGUUUUAGGGUACGUGUGCACAAAGUGCAGGUUUGUUACAUAUGUAUACAUGUGCCAUGUUGGUGUGCUGCACCCAUUAACUCGUCAUUUAACAUUAGGUAUAUUUCCUAAUGCUAUCCCUCCCCACUCCCCCCACCCCACAACAGGCCCCGGUGUGUGAUGUUCCCCUUCCUGUGUCCAUGUGUUCUCAUUGUUCAACUCCCACCUAUGAGUGAGAACAUGCGGUGUUUGGUUUUUUGUCCUUGUGACAGUUUGCUGAGAAUGAUGGUUUCCAGCUUCAUCCAUGUCCCUACAAAGGACAUGAACUCAUCAUUUUUUAUGGCUGCAUAGUAUUCUGUGGUGUAUAUGUAGCAUGCUUGUCAAUUUAAAAACAUGAUAAGAUGAACACCAGUGAACACAUCACCUAGAGAAUGAAGCAAACAUCAAAAAUUCUAUUGAAGCUUCCCGUGUGGCCCUCCACCAUCCCAGCUCUCUAUUCCAUGCCAGGGAUAUCCCAUUUUGAACUUCGUAUUUACCAUGUCAAUGUGCUGUUGACUUUUAUAGGUAAUUUUACAUGUAAAACUCUAUAUAUCUCUAUGUGUUGCUAAACAAUAAAUAUUUAGCCUUGCUUAUUUUACAGUUUUACAAAAAUGGUGUCAAUGGUG